AUGGCGCUACCCAGUUCAGUACUCGUGCGACUCAGAGCGUUGUGUAACCUUGGGAAAUCUUUGGAUGCAGGGAGCACAAUUGGACAAAAUUACAAUCGGGUCCGGUGGUACAAGACAAAAGCCAGGAGCUAUCAGGACACUGCAGCGUCAGCGGCCCAGACAAGACGGGGUGAGUGAGAAAUGCUGUUGAAUUGAGUUGACACCGGUGCCAUCUCCAAGCCGAAGCAAAGCACCUUGAGACAUGCGUACAGUAUUAAUCGUCAGCGAAAGCUAGCUAGUUAACUUAGUGACCGAAAACCUGCUUACACUGUCAUUAGCUAGUUAGCUACAUGUCUCUAUUUCAGGUUGUAUGACAGUGAUAUCUUGCUAAGUUAUCUAGGUAGCUAGCUGAGGAAUUGAUCUCCAUCUUUCAUCAUUCAUAUCAGGUAGUGAGCUCCUGAAAGAGUUCCCUGAACCGAAGAGCCUGCUGUUUACCACCAUAUCCCGGUCGCUUGGGGUGUCUGACCUCUCCCAACACAUCCAGUAUCACUGCACAGAGGAUGGGGGUCUCAAGGUCAGAGAGACAAGGCACUAGGUGGACUAUUGCAACCACAGGAGGCUGGUGAGGAGAGGACGCCUCAUAAUAAUGUCUGGAAUGGAGUGAAUGGAAUGGUAUCAAUAUGGAAAUCAAGUAUUUGAUGUGAUUGAUACCGUUCCAUUUAUUCCGUUCCAGCCGUUACCAUGAGCCCGUCCUCCACAAUUAAGGUGCCGCCUGUGAUUGCAACACAUCUUGUUUGACAGAUGACGCCUCUUCCCAAACAAAGUCCAUUGUCUAAUAAUUGUUUCACUGUCGCUAUACGUGUUUGUUUUCAGAGAGCCACUGUCACACUCCUCUGGCCCAGCAAAAUGGAGGUGGAGGGCUUUGCUCGCAAGAAGAUUGAUGCUGAACGAUAUGCUGCUGCUGCUGCCUGUCACAAGCUGAAAGUAAGAGAAAAGACCUGCCCUUUAUUUAAACAAUUACAGCAGGAUUUGUCUCACUUUGUACCAGGAGUAUUGUGCAUUGCUUUCAUCAAUGCUAGCCCACCCCAUCUGUUCCUUCUGUCUUUCCUCACUUAUUUCUCCCCAGGAGAUGGGUGUGCUGGGUCCAGACAAUCAGGUGGCCAGGAGGAGUGUGGGACAAGGGCGAGGGCCACCACUAUCAGUCUUAGAGGACCCGGAGGAGUGUCGGUGGACAGAUGAUGUCCAUGUGCCUAGAAGAGACCUCCAGAAUGGAUCCUUGGAACCUCACAGACAAUCAAGGUAUUACCAUCCUCCUGUUACUAUGGAUCAUACUCAGUACCAAUGUAUUAUGGUUUAUACUUUGCUGAUUUUUGCAUGGGACUCGAUUCACUUUUUAUUUGAAUGUUUUGUUUAUUGUGCUGCACAUGUUGGUGUUUACAGGGCACCCGAGGAGAAUUCCGAGCUCUCCCAGGCUCUUUCCAUGUUCAUAAAUCCUAAAGCUCUGCUGACCAGAGUCAUCCAGGUGGCCACGUCUUCCAACAGAUUCAGGGUCAGUAACUGUCUCUGUCUCCUAUAGGUCCAACAUGCACCAUAAUACAGCCUGUCAUAACACUUGUUAUAAGCUAUCAUACAACCUGUCUAAAGCUCAGCCACUCAUCUCUGAACUGUCAUGCUAAAACUGUCAUUCACUCUCUCCUCUUCUCUACUACAGGAGCUGGUGCAGUACAAGACGGUGGGCGGUAAGGUGAAGAGAUGUGAGCUGACCAUGCGAUGGCCAGAGGAGAUGACGUUUGGGGCCUCGGCUCUUCGCAGAGUGGAGGCAGAGAGGAGAGCUGCUGCACUAGCCUGUUUCAAACUGAAGGUGAGGACCACAGAUGAAAGAGCACAGAGAAUUACUGAUGCAUUUGUUUAUAAUAUGUCUGUUAGAUUAUGUUUUCACGCAUGCAUUCCCAUACCAGGGUUGUGUUCAUUAGGGCAUGGAAGGGAAAGUUAAUGUAAAAAGGAAUACGAAAAUGAGUGUCUUAUUGCAUCCAGUUUAUUCUAUUUUCUUCCGUUUGGUGCUCAAUGCUCAACUUUUUCUAUACUCUCUCCAGGAAAUGGAGCUGCUAGAUGAGGACAACCAACCUCUGACCCAUGCUAAGUACCACAAGGAGGAGAUGCGUGAGGCGGGGGAGAGAGACAGACGGCCCUGUCCUCUGGAGAUACCUGAGUACUUAGAGCACAGCGCCAGAGAAUACCUCACACAGGUUGGUUAUCUUGCAUCAUCACCACUGGAAAAUCAGUCUGUGUAGCUAACGUCACUGGCCAGGAAUUUACUUCAUAGCCUCUGUGUUUGUGCUCAUGAAUUGUCCAGUAUCCAGUGGCGACAGAGAUGCAGAAGCUGUGGGAGGAAGAGGAGGAGAGAAGCCAGCAGAGGUUGAACCAGCAGGACAAAGAGGAGGAAGAGGACCUCGUCACAGACGCCAUCACAGGCAGGCCAUACCGGCCCCUCUCUACCCAGGAGGCCGAGCAGCUGAGCGCAGACCUACAGGACGAGUGGGAGAGGGCAGGGCCUGGCCUGGGGGUGGAGCUCCCGGUCGACGCCCACCGGGAACGUGUAGUGUCAGCGGUGGAGUCCUCCAGGGUCAUCGUGGUUGCUGGGGAGACAGGGUGUGGCAAGACGACGCGUAUCCCGCGCUUCCUGCUGGAGGGGCGUGUGCGGAGCGGGGAUGGGGCGGAGUGUAACAUUCUGGUCACCCAGCCUCGGAGGAUUAGCGCUGUGUCAGUGGCUCACCGUGUUGCCCACGAGAUGGGUCCCGCCCUCAAACGCUCUGUAGGGUAUCAGGUGAGUUACAGGGAGCAUACUGUUAUAACUAGAUCAAAUGCUGUUGUCACCAGAAUCACUCAUCACCAUUACACUAACUAACCAUUAGGGCCGGGACAAUACCAUUAUUGCGAUACUCGUUAGUAUCCUGGCAAGGGAACAAAACAUGAAAUGGAUUUAACUUCUUUAGGAAAACAGCCCUGAUGUUGGAAACAAACAUCAUUAUGUUGUCAUUCAGUCACAUUUAUUUAUUUCCAAAGCUGUAGCACACAAUAAUUUAAAGACAGACAAGUUUUUAAAAGACCAAAGAGUUUGGUCUGCUUCGUAUUUACAUUUUUGCCAUGGAAACAUUUUUGCGAUACUGGUAUUGUCCUGGCCCUACUAACCACUAACCUCCCUUAUUCAUUGGACAAUUGAGCUGUCACUCCCUCUACUGUAGCUCAACUUCUCUCGUUCAUUGGACGUUCCUGCUGUCACUCACUCUCCCGUGAACCCCCCAACCUCUCUAGGUGCGUCUGGAGAGCCGUCCCCCGGAGCACAGCGGUGGGGCCCUUCUCUUCCUGACGGUGGGGGUGUUACUGAGGAAGCUGCAGGGUAACGCCUCCCUGAGGGGGGUUAGCCACGUGGUGGUGGAUGAGGUCCACGAGAGGGACGUCAAUACGGACCUACUGCUGGCCCUGCUGCGACCCGCCCUAAGGGACAACCCCAACCUCCGCGUGGUGCUGAUGAGUGCCACGGGGGACAACCAGAGGCUAGCCCAGUACUUCGGGGGCUGCCCCGUGGUCAGUGUGCCCGGGUUCAUGCACCCCGUCAGGGAUCGGUACCUGGAGGAGGUCCUGAGGGAGAUGGGGAGACCACCGCCGCCCCUGGCGAGGACAGACUUGCAGGGACGGGUGAGGAAGAUGCUAACUGCUGAGGGGUGGACUUUAGUAGUUUAUCAAUACUAGAGUGUUAUAAUUUUCAGAUUUUAAGUCUUGGAUGUGAUUGACUGACUCUGUGCAACUGACUAAUUGACGGUGCUUGUACAUUCCUGCAUGUUUUCUUUCAUAUGUACAGUACCAGUCAAAAGUUUGGACACACCUACUCAUUCCAGGGUUUUUCUUUAUUUUUACUAUUUUCUACAUUGUAGAAUAAUAGUGAAGACAUCAAAACUAUGAAAUAACACAUAUGGAAUCAUGUAGUAACCAAAAAAGUGUUAAACAAAUCAAAAUAUAUUUGAGAUUCUUCAAAGUAGCCACCCUUUGCCUUGAUGACAGCUUUGCCAAUCAGUUGUGUUGUGACAAGGUAGGGGUGGUAUACAGAAGAUAGCCCUAUUUGGUAAAAGACCAAGUCAAUAUUAUGGCAAGAACAGCUCAAAUAAGCAAAGAGAAAUGACAGUCCAUCAUUACUUUAAGACAUGAAGGUCAGUCAAUCCGGAAAAUGUCAAGAACUUUGAAAGUGCAGUCGCAAAAACCCAUCAGGCGCUAUGAUGAAACUGGCUCUCAUGAGGACCGCCACAGGAAAUGAAGACCCAGAGUUACUUCUGCUGCAGACGAUAAGUUCAUUAGAGUUACCAGCCUCAGAAAUUGCAGCCCAAAUAAAUCCUUCACAGAGUUCAAGUAACAGACACAUCUCAACAUCAACUGUUCAGAGGAGACUGCGUGAAUUAGGCCUUCUUGGUCGAAUUGCUGCAAAAAAAACACUACUAAAGGACACCAAUAAGACGAAGAGACUUGCUUGGGCCAAGAAACACGAACAAUGGACAUUAGACCGGUGGAAAACUGUGCUUUGGUCUGAUGAGUCCAAAUUUGAGAUUUUUGGUUCUGACCGCCGUGUCGUUAUGAGACGCAGAGUAGGUGAACAGAUGAUCUCAGCAUGUGUGGUUCCCACCUUGAAGCAUGGAGGAGGAGGUGUGAUGGUGCUUUGCUGGUGACACUGUCUGUGAUUUAUUUAGAAUUCAAGGCACACUUAACCAGCAUGGCUACCACAGCAUUCUGCAGCGAUACGCCAUCACAUCUGGUUUGCGCUUAGUGGGACAAUCAUUUGUUUUUCAACAGGACAAUGACCCAACACACCUCCAGGCUGUGUAACGGCUAUUUGACCAAGAAGGAGAGUGAUGGAGUGCUGCAUCAGAUGACCUCAACCCAAUUGAGAUGGUUUGGGAUGAGUUGGAUUGCAGAGUGAAGGAAAAGCAGCCAACAAGUGCUCAGCAUAUGUGGGAACUCCUUCAAGACUGUUGGAAAAGCAUUCCAGGUGAAGAUGGUUGAGAGAAUGCCAAGAGUGUGCAAAACUGUCGUCAAGGCAAAGGGUGACUACUUUGAAGAAUCUAAAAUAUAUUUUGAUUUGUUUAACACUUUUUUGGUUACUACUUGGUUCCAUAUGUGUUAUUUCAUAGUUUUGAUAUCUUCACUAUUAUUCUUCAAUGUAGAAAAUAGUAAAAAUAUAGAAAAUCCCUUGAAUGAGUAGGUGUGUCCAAACUUUUGGCUGGUACUGUAUAUGUUUGUGUUCAUAAAUUGACUGUUUCGAUGUUUAGGAGAAGGAUGAUGCCACGCCAGACCUGGACUUAGUAGCUAAUGUGAUAGAGCACAUCCACAGACAGGGAGAGCCAGGUAACCAACGCUUCAACACUCCCCUAGUUUUACUCUACGUUCCCCUUAUCUCUCCAUGUCUGUUUUGCUAAGGUCCGAUCCAACUGAUGGUUGAUUGAUUCAUUGAUGAUUUCUCUUCCAGGUGCAGUGCUGUGUUUCCUACCAGGUUGGCAGGACAUUAAGGCUGUCCAGAAGAGACUAGAGGAGAAACCAACCUUCCGCUCUGGCUCUCAAAUGAUCCUACCAUGUAAGGACUGGAAUAAGGGGUCUGUCUUUAGUUUCUGUCCUGCUGCCUGUUCACAACAUGCUACCUGUAUUAUUCCUGGUCAGGUCACAAUGUGACAUGGUUAGGAAAUAAUUCUGUACCUAAUUAAAAUGCAGUGCACAAGGAACGCUCUUAUGACUGGAUUAUAAUAAAGUAAUGUCUUUGCUCCCCCUCCUCUCUGUCUGUCCAGUACACUCAAGUAUGUCAGUGACCCAUCCUCUCUGUCUGUCCAGUACACUCAAGUAUGUCGGUGGGCGACCAGCAGGCUGUGUUUCAGCGCCCCCCUGAGGGCCGGAGGAAGAUCGUCCUGGCCACCAACAUCGCUGAGACCUCUAUCACCAUCGAUGACAUCGUUCACGUAGUAAACGCGGGCUCUCAGAAGGAGCAGAACUACGACACACGGACCAAGGUAGGUGACGGUCACUUCUGUCACAGUGAAUAGAUAAUAUAGACAUUCAUGCAGAAACUGUAUCUUAAAGCACCUCAAUAGAGGACAAUAGUGCUAUCUCAUAAAAAUCCCUGUUGCCUUUAAAAAAAAUAGUGUAUGGAAAACAUUCCUAAUACUUACAGUAGCCGCCAAGCUAGUGCAAAUCCAACUGGUGAUUGACUACAAUAUACUAGUGUGGUGUUGCAAACCUCUCUGUCUUGCUGGUCACCAGGUGUCAUGUCUAGACACAGUCUGGAUCUCGCGCUCCAACGUCACUCAGCGUAGAGGGAGGGCGGGGCGAUGCCAGCCCGGACAUGCCUACCACCUGUUCCCACGGCAACGCCUGGAAUCAAUGACAACCUUCCCUGUGCCUGAGAUCCUACGCACCCCUCUGGAGAGCCUGGUGGUACAGGCCAAGAUCCACAGCCCCCACUGCAAGGUGAAGGGAUUUGACAGAGGAACGAUGGAGAUGUAGGGGUGUAAGGGCCAGUCAAUGUAAUUGUGAGGUCUCUGCACGUUUGUCACAUAUAUUGAUGUUCUCUUGGUGGGUCUCUCCAGGCAGUAGAUUUCCUGUCACAGGUGUUGGACAGCCCAGAGCGAGAAGCUGUGACAGAUGCUGUUCGCAACCUGCAAGAGAUUGGUGAGACUCUCUAAAGAUCUGUCUUCACAUGAUGAAAAUAAUUUGCAUCCAGACGGUUUCAGUUGGGAUUUAGCAAAUCGUGUUUUAGUUGUUCAAAUGGUUUGAGAUCAUUCAACAGACGAUGUAUUAGUGCGUGUUCUUAUUGGUGUUGUUGUGGUCUACAGGGAUGUUUUUCAUGCUCCUCUCCCCUCCCUCUCCCUAGGUGUUCUGGACAAGACAGAGGCCCUGACUCCCCUGGGGGAGAGAGUAGCCUGUCUGGCCUGUGACCCACGCCUGGGGAAGGUGCUGGUGCUUGCUGCUCUGUUCCGCUGUGUCCUGCCCCUGCUGUCAGUCGCAGCUUGUCUCACCAGAGACCCUUUCCACAACAGCAUGCAGAACAGAGCCCUGGUCUCUAAGGUCAGACACUGACUCAGUCCACGUCCACCUGGGCAGUCAUUGUUUAAUUUUACUUACAUAACAUGAUGUACUGCAAAAUUCCCUUUUCCCUCCAGGCUAAGGAUGCCCUGGGAGGCUCCAGCUACAGUGAUUACCUGGUGUUCAGUCGAGCUGUGUUGGGCUGGAGGAGUGUUCAGCAGGAGAGAGACAGAGAGACCAGACAGGACUACUUGGACAGAUACACACUGUCUGGAGCCAGCCUGCGCUUCAUCAAUGGUGAGAGAGAGACAGAGACAUUGGGUAAACUCCUGGCUGUAGGGUUUUUCCUUACCUUGUGAACUGACCAGGUAAAACUCAGUUCCCUCGUCAUUGGUUCAAUCAGUUAUCGGGCUGACCCAGGUUGUUGAGUGUCUUCCAUAUAUUUUCAUACGUUUAUAUUAAUCGUUGAUGUCUCCUGUGUGUUCCAGGUCUGACCUCCCAGUUCAGUGAGAACCUCCUUGAGGCUGGGCUGGUGGUGCGUUCAGCUGACUGCCAGAGAUCCUCUUCCCUCUACAACCAACACAGCCACCAGGACGAGCUGGUGAAGGCUGUGCUGCUGGCUGGACUCUACCCCAAUCUCAUACAGGUACACAUCUAAAUCUCAAACAGUAGUCUGCAGGUUCCUAUAGCUUAAGCUAUGCACACAGCAUCCUGACUCACUUAUGUUUCUGUGCCUCAGGUGAAAAGAGGAGCAGUGACCAAAGGUCGCUUUCCGCCCCAACAGCCUGUGCUUCCGCACGCAGAGCGGCCCGGUGCUCAUACACCGCUCCUCCGUCAACAGGUGUGUGUCUUACGGUGUGUGUGUUAAAAGCGCUGCAUGGCCUCCCGAGUGGCGCAGCGGCACUGAUCAGUUCUAGAGGCGUCACUACAGAUCCGGGUUCAAUCCCGGGGUGUGUCGCAGUUGGCCGCGACCAGGAGACCAAUUUGGCCCAGAGUCGUCCGGGUUAGGGGAGGGUUUGGCCGGCUGGAAUGUCCUUGUCCCAUCGCGCUGGCUUCGGUCGCCAGCUGUAUGGUGUUUCCUCCGACACGUUGGUGCGGCUGGCUUCCGGGUUAAGCGAGCAGUGUCAAGAAGCAGUGCGGCUUGGCGGGGUCGUGUUUCGGAGGACGCAUGGCUCUCGACCUUCGCUUCUCCCGAGCCUGCACGGGAUUUGCAGCGAUGGGACUAAAUACCAAUUGGAUAUCAUGAAAUUGGGGAGAAAAAGGGGUAAAAAGUACCAAAAUAAUAAAUAAACCUGCAUGGUCAAUCUGACGUCUGCAUUGGCCGUGCAGCAUUUACGGUGUUACGGCCUCUGCAGAAGUCAGGACAUUCAUACUUCUUGCGCUUCUUGGAGCAGCACAGAGCUGUUGUGAAGGAAGUGAGUUUGUGUUUAUACAGGACCUCCCGCCCUCACCUACCGUCAAUCAAUCAUGUCAAUGUGGAGCUAUAUGGAGCCCUCCGCAUUGGCCUCAAUGUGCCUUUUCUAUGAUGGUGCCAAGGCCAUUCUACUGCCAAUGUUUGUCUAUGGAGAUUGCAUGGCUGUGUGCUCGAUUUUAUACACCUGUCAGCAAGGGGUGUGGCUGAAAUAGCCGAAUCCACUAAUUUGAAGGGUUGUCCACAUACUUUUGCAUAUAUAGUGUAUGUGUGUGUUCUCAUAUAUUGGCCAAUAUUCUGAUGGUGUGUGUGUGUAUUAACAACCCAUUCUUGUCUUGUUCCAGGGGAGAGGAGCAGUUCCCCAGUCGCUGGCUGACCUUCUUCAGUGCGAUCAAGUCCAACGGUAACGUGUUCAUCAGAGACUCCUCAGCAGCCCACCCCCUCGCACUACUGCUGCUCACCGACUGUGACAUCACUGAGAGAGGUAUAAUUCAAUUCAGUACCACUUUAUGAAUCCCAGUGGCAUUAAACUGUUGGUAAUGUAGAGAUAUCACCAACUACUGCACAUAGACUUGCAGUGACGCUACAGAUAUGUCAUUGAGGGCCUCACUUGCUUUAUCGAUACCAAUGUCUAUUGAAAGUGGAAUUAUAAAGUAAAAUUCCAUCCUCUUGCAAAAAACAUUGGUAUAAAGGAUGUUAGAAGCCAGUCAGAUAGCGGAAAAGGGAAAGAUUCCCAUUUCCUGUCAUUAACUAUCUCCCACCUCUCCUCCUGCCUCUCUCAGUGAAUGGUGACCGUGUGGAGGUGGCGUUCCCGGGGCGGUCGCUGGUACGCUGUGAGCUGUCUGUCCAGACCUGGGAGCUGCUGUGGGAGCUACGCUCCUCCAUCCAGACCAUGCUGUACCGCAACCUCCGCCCACACAGCUCAGCCAAUUACGUCACACAGGACGGCAAGCUCAUCACGCUAUUGGUGGAGCUGCUGAACAAUACAGAGUCCAAUACAGACCCCCAGCCAAACGGUGGCCACAGUGACUCUGAGGUAGACUGAUUAACUCGCAUUGGAAUACAGGAAUGUCAAAGUACUGCGAAGUAGUGCUUUGUGACCUGGAAAAACUCUGCCCAUAGCAAGGGUCCAUAUUUUUCUGGUCAGGAAAAAAGUACCAAAGCAAGAUGGUAGGGGCACUGUUUGCUUGUGUGCAAGUGGGUCUGCUGACUAAAAAUCUGAGAAGACAGUGUAAUAUCGGUUAUCUAACUGUACAAUACUAUCCAUAGUUAACUACCCCAUUCUAAAUGUCCUUUAGCAGCUCACCUGAGAUAUAAUGAGAAAAGGUUUGGAUGAAUGGGAACACUGAGUUACAAUGGAGUUCAUGAAAAUUCAUCAUGCCCUGAAAGUUUGGCUCUUUAAACAAUAUUUCAAGAGCCCCUUUUAAUAGGAGUGAACUAAUGCUACAGUAAAAUGGGUCAUUACCACUGUAAAUACUGUGGUUGCUCUCUACAUGAUAUGGGAAGAAGAAAUCAAUUUGUUUGACUGGAUUAUGGACGAUGGUAUAUUUGCUUUUUGAAAAGCAGAAGUUGAAUGAAUCUGACUCUUAAUGAGUGUCUAAUGAUGUGUGAACUACAGCGAGACGGUGUCAAGAUGCCUUGGUCAAAAGAACGAUUGCAUAUAAUUGUUUUCACGUGAAUUUAUUGUUAAAAAAUAAAUGGGUAUUUAAAUAUGGUCUGUUGAACGAUAUAAAGAUGUUAUAAACAAG